AUGCCGCCCAAGAAUCAGAAGUCUGCCGGAGGGAAGGGCAGGUCGGGAGAUGACAGCAAAGAGGAGCCUUUGGCUGCAGUCAUUGUGGCUGAUAGUUUCGAGACGAGGUUUGCCCCGUUCACGCUGGAGAGACCGAGAUGUCUGCUCCCGCUUGCCAAUGUGCCCUUGAUUGACUACACCCUGGAAUAUCUUGCUAGUGCCGGUGUACAGCUUGUUUACAUCUACCCGGGUGCUCAUGCCGAUCAGGUGGAAACAUAUCUUGAAGCGUCUCGCUGGAAGUCGUCCAACUCGCCUUUUGACAGCCUCGCCAUCCUGCGAUGUAUCGCGAGCUCAGUGGGUGAUAUCAUGAGAGAUUUGGACCAAAAGCACCUAAUCGCCGGUGACUUCAUCGUCGUGAGCGGUGAUAUCGUCUCCAACUUCCCGAUCGAACCAGCAUUGCGCCAGCACAAGAACCGAAGAGAGAAAGAUAAGAAUGCCAUCAUGACCAUGAUUCUAAGAGAGGCCGGACCGGGUGCCUACGAUUACGGGAGUGGGAUUGUGCCCACAUUCGUCCUCGACCCAACCAAAGAUAGAUGCCUACACUACGAAGAAUCAUUCCCCGGCACUCAAUUCACCGCCCACAUUGAUCCAGAGAUUCUGAAGUCAUCAGAAACCGAUGUCAGACAGGAUUUGAUUGAUUGCAGGCUAGACAUUUGCACACCAGACGUGCUCAGUCUCUGGUCGGACAAUUUCGACAAUCAAGCACCUCGAAAGGACUUUCUUUUUGGCGUAUUGAAGGAUUAUGAGUUGAAUGGCAAGACAAUUCACACAUACAUUGUCCAGGACCAUUAUGCCUCGAGGGCUGCCGACUUCUGGUUUUAUAAUGCAAUCUCUCAAGACUUUCAGCGCGGCCUGGUGACAUCCCUUGCCGUCGAGAACAAUGUUUUUGGCGACACCCACUACCACCGUUCUCAGGGGGGAUACGUUGUUGAUCGGGCAGUGAUUACAGCGAGAUCUACCAAACUUGGACCAGGAUCUAUCGUUGGCCCUGGUAGUAGCAUUGGCACUCGUUGUGAUAUUAAAAACAGUGUGGUUGGUCAACGGUGCCAGAUCGGCAAAGGCACAAGCCUUGACGGUGCCUACAUCUGGGAUGAUGCUACCAUUGGGAACAAUGUCAAAAUUUUACGGGCGAUCAUCGGAAACGAGGCAUUUAUAGGGGACGGCUGCACCAUUGGGGAAGGUGCCCUGAUCUCCUAUGGUGUCAAAGUAGCACCCGGAACAAUUGUACCUGCUGGUUCUAGGAUUUGCAACCCGCAGGGGGAACCAGCAUACGGGCCGAAGAAUGAUGCGCUCGUUGGUGGAGAUGCAGGUGAAGGCCAUGCAUAUAUUGAUAAUGAAGAGGAUGACUACUGGGGUUCGAGGGCGUCCAGACUGAUAUACGAGAAGCCGGAAUUCGCAGCCUCACUAUCCACUUUGGACUCCGACCUCUCAGAAGAUGAGUUCUCUUCGAAAGGCGGAUCAAGAAGUCAAAGCUUUGCGACCUCGAUGUCCGAUGACGACCCUACUGAUAGAUUCCAGCAUGAUACAGUGGCAAUUCUUGUACAGCGAAUGCAGGAGGGAAAACAAGCGGAUGAUAUGCUCAGCGAACUCAUGGGCUUAAGGUUCAGUGGAGGUGCGGACGAGACUCAGGUUCGCAAAGCUGUUGCAGUCGCCUUGAUGAAGCAUAUACACGGCCAGAUCGAGUCCGGGGUGUCCCCCGCCGAAGCUACAAGACAAGCUCUCACCGCAUACAAUACACUCAUCCGCAGAAAAGGAGCAGAUCAGGCAAUCGAAGCGCAGGUGGCAUUCCUGCUGGAUACUCAGAGGGAUCUGACUCGGCGGAGAGAGGGCGGGAAGACGCUCUUGUUCGUGAUUAAAGAUCUUUAUGACCUUGAGAUAUUUGGCGAGGAAGCAUUCGCUGACUGGUGGGCGGACGAAAGAUCGAGCAGUGAUCCUGACUUGGCUGCAGUCAGGCAACAGAGUGCCCCAUUCAUCGAAUGGCUCGAGAACGCCGAGAGCGAGAGUGAAAGUGAAAGUGGGAGCGAGGAAGAAGACGAAUAA